UUUAUGUUGAAAACUAUUGUCAUUCGAAAACCCAAAUUCCUAAAAAAUUGUUGUGAUUAUCAGUGCCCAACACUUUGCCGUGUGUCUGUUUUGCAUCCCAUCACCAAUGGCUCACUCCCUCAUUUUCCAAAUUUAGAUAGAUAGAUUUCAGAUCUGUCAAUCAAACGCCAUUUAGAUUAAUUAUUCGUUGUAGCUCCGUGAAAUGCUCCCAGUUUGAUUCUCCAGAUAUUAAGAAACCGCCAUUGAUAAGGUUAUAAGUUCUUAUUCUCUCUCAAAUCUCAAUCCUAGAUGCGCGCACUUCAGGAUUUCAAUUUCGCACACAAAUUCUGUGACGCCCCUUUCAUUGAUAAUCUGAGUCGAUAGAGCUGCUUUUUUUUUUUCGGUCUGACAGAUAUGGGAUCGUCAAGAAAAUGGAUCAGGGCUUUGCUUGGUUUGAAGAAACCACACAAAUCCCAUUCUAUAGAGAACAGUGAAAAUAGAUCUGGGAGCACUGGAAAGAUUUCGCACCGAAGGAAGAACUCUGUUGAGAUUGAUAGCAGUGUUUUGGAAAAUGAGCUGAACCAAAAUGUGGUAGCUGAUAAUGCCAAAGAUGCCAAUUUCCUUUCAGAUGGAUGGUGCGACAGUGCCGGGUCAGUUGAAGAAAUUCAGGCCAAGUUGUUGAAAAGGAAGGAGGCAGCGGCUAAGCGUGAAAGAGCAAUGGCAUAUGCUUUAGCUAACCAGUGGCAGGCGGGGUCAAGGCAGCACACAACACCUGCUGGGUUUGAACCCGAUAAAAGCAGCUGGGGUUGGAACUGGUUAGAAAGGUGGAUGGCUGUUCGGCCCUGGGAAAAUCGCUUUGUAGACACCAACCUUAAUGAUGGUGUGAAAAUUCAUGAGAAUCAACUGGCUGAUGUGAAGAAUGCACCGGCAACUAUGUCCAAUUCAACAGGAAAGAGACCCACGUCAAAUAUUGUAAAUGGGAAAGCUUCUCGUUCGUGCAAUAACUCUAAUGUCUCAAAUGAGAAAAAGGCUGCAUCCCAUUCGGAUGGCUGUUCUUCACCACCCAACAAGUCGGCCAAUGUGCAAGAGACACCUGGGACAUUGUCUAAAACAGUUCUUGAAGACUUUGCUGAGGAAGCCACCUCAAAGCUUAAAGUUGUCUCGAGAUCACAUAGUAAUCCUAAAGAGAGGUCGGCCAUAAUGAAUAAACCAGGAAAGAAGCGAUUGUCUCUAUCAGGCAGUGGACAAAGUCAUGGGGCUCAACCAGCCAGGCCAAAGCCUACCGUCAAAAGAUCACCCACUGCUCUGAAACCAGAGAAAGACAAAGCACAAACGAACGGGUCUAAUGCAAAGCCUUCAAAAAGUAGCCCGAGAACUGCAGAAGCACGUGCUCUUGAGCACAUGCUAUGGCCAUCCGUUUGCGAGUUUCUCAUGAUUUCCGAUAAA